AUGAUCAAGAUAACGCUCUGGAUAGGCCAUGUUCACUCUGAGCUACAGGACGGCCUACCAAAAUUCGGUACAGCACUCGCAUUAAGCAAUACUUAUGCAGUAUUCGCUACAUCCUUCCACUGGGAGACAUAUUACGACUAUGACCGAGCUACUAUAACCAAAACUCGCGAAACCCUUGAGGGUUCUGAGAAGAAGUUUGGGAGCUUGAAGACGCAACUGGAGAGUGUCUCAACAGGUGCAUACAUUGGUAUCCGCACAGGGACGGAGAGAUUGAUUCUUGCAAGGUCCGACGCCUGUAUCAGAGCAGUUGUACAGUUGGGGCGCCUUUUGCGUUCAGCAGAGGAAGAUGUAUGUCUCGUCUCCUAUGUAAAGGCCACUGUGUAG